AUGCAGCAGUUUAUGGUAAGUCGCAUUGCUGUUCGCAAUGGACCAUGCUUAAUGCAAAAGAGACAUAUCAUGGGAUUUGUGAGGAACGCACUAGGUUUAGAUCCACCUCCUUCCCCAGAUGACCCUACUCCAGAAAACCGAUUCCAUCCUUGGGACCAAUCUCCUUCGCCAGACCUAAGGGAAAGAGCCGCUACAAUUAGAGCUUUGGCCAAAUGUCCAGUGACAGGCCUGGAGAUCAACUAUACGUGUCCUAAGUCGGGUAUUCCUACACAUCAUUCUCGCGAGGCAUGGGAGAAAGACGCGGUAUAUCAAGGCUCAAGUAAACCUGAAAUUUUAAAGAAGGUGAAUAUUUACGAACACGAUCUAAGGUCCGGCAGGCCGUUCCCGGAGUUCGAUUUCCCACUGGAUCAGGACUUUGACCGUAUGGUCAACCUAACAAACUGGGACUUAUUCUUCUAUACGCGUGGAUUUUAUUCCAUGGAUACCGAGUUUCAACUUGCAGCGGUUACUAAAAUGCUGAGUUAUCCAGUCACGAUGGGAUCUGUGCUGCACCAGUUUUCACCAUAUUCCUUAAAUCCAAAGGGUCCCAUAACGUUGGAAGGCUUAAAGUCGCUAGCGGCUUUGCGUUACACACUUUACCCAGACCAAAACCGUCAGGUUACCUCCACAGCAAAGAACAGCCCACUUCGAAUCUUCAUCCUGGGUGCAAGAGCCGAGGCCCAGCUACCGGGUCAUGUUUGGAAACAACUGCAGUUCAUGUUUCCUGAAACUCAAAUGGAAAUGCAUUUUGUUGGUCCUGAAUCCAAUUUUGAUAAAAGCAAACGCGAAUACGUUCAUUCGUCAACCCCAGUUAUUCGCAGAGUAGACGAAACCUUGAGUUUUGUAUAUCACACUGAUUAUUUCCAUGUGUUUCAUGAAGCUCAAGACUUUUUCCCCUACGAUCCUUACACAGACAUCUUCUUCUGUUUCCAUCCUGGAUUUGCUGCACCUGAAUCCAGGGAAAACUGGAUGGGUAAGACAAUGGAAGCAUUGUUGGAGACCAAAUGUGCUAUUUUCACCACAGGGUUUAAUGAAAUGGAUUUAAGGCGCGACAUGGAUGCUGUCGUUGAGACUUACGGCAAUGAGUUAGAUAUGUUAAUGGAGCCUGUCAAAAAUGUGUUCGGUAGCACCAAGUGGGAACUCAACGAUGUCAACCCUCAACAAGUGUAUCAAUUCAAUAUGUACAUCGCAGGGUUCAGAGGUAAAAGAUAUCAUGCUAUCGAGGUGUGA